AAUUUUCAAGUCUCAAGUCUAUAACUCAAAAUGGAAUUCGAUCCGAAUCAGGAAUUGAUAUUGCAGCUUAUUCUUGAGGAUGUGGCCGAUUUCGAAAACAAGCAAAAGGGAAAACAAGUUGCAGGGAAACAAAAUGACCUCGAACUCGCCCUCGUGUGCAUGGAAGAAGCCCUGACCACUCAAACUUUUAUUCAGGACAGAAUACUAGCUCUCAGCACGAGUACGGCAAUCGUUACCGAUCAAAAUAUACUGGCAUCUAUUAAAAGUGAUGAACGCAUUGCUGAGCAGGACCAUCGAUUCGUGCUUGCUCUGGACAAUGAAGAGCCAAUCCCUCAAGAUGCCCCAUAUGACACAACCAUAAGCAAAGCCACAUCGCCAGAUAAGAAUGAGGAUGCUGUUUCCGUUGUUAUCGGAGACCUGAUGGACCGUAUGACGCUCAACGACGAGUCAGAUAAUGGAGAAGGUUCUUCACGUUAUAAACCCUCACACCAAGCAGCAGAUAUUGGAGAUGAAUGUGUUUCUUGUUUUGAAAAGUGUGAUACUGCCAUGUUUGUAGGCUCCUGUGGCCAUGGAUUUUGUCAUGAUUGUACGAGACAAAUGUUUCUCGGAGCCACCAAGGAUGAAGAGCUGUACCCGCCUCGUUGUUGCGGUAACAUUGUGCCGCCUGGACUUGCCAUGAGAGUUUUGAACUACGAGGAACUCCGGGCUUUCAGUGAAAGGGCGCUUGAAUGGACCGCCAAAGAUCGACUAUACUGUGCUGAGCCAACAUGCUCCAAAUUCAUUCCUCCAUUUGCCAUUCAUAACGAGCAUGGCACUUGUUCAGAAUGUCACCAGCAGACACAUUUACCCUGUCACUCCUUCGCGCACCCUGGUAUUGACUGUCCGAUGGAUGACGCACUUCAAGGUGUCCUGGCGAUAGCCGACGCUGAGAAUUGGACGCGGUGCUUCAAUUGCCGAACUAUGGUAGAGCUUCAACACGGUUGCAACCACAUUACCUGUCGCUGCGGCAGCGAGUUCUGUUAUACUUGCGGCCUGGUCUGGAAAUCAUGCAACUGCCCACUUUGGCACGAGAAUAGACUUGUUGCCGUAGCAAACCAAGCAGUCGCAGAGGAGGUUCCGCAAAAUGCCAAUUUCGAAUAUCGCCAGAACGCAUUCAAUCGGAUAGUUGAAAAUCUUCGGCAACAUGAGGACGUCGGAUGUGAACAUCACAGGAACUCUCAAUGGGCUUGGCUUAAUCAAGGGAGUUUGAUGUGCGAGGUUCGCAAUCAUGAUCUGCCUGAGUAUAUAUUCAUGUGCAGAAAUUGUCGGAUGAGAGCCUGUAACCGUUGUCGAAGGCAUAGAUUGAGAUGACGGCUGGCCCUGCAUUCUUUUUGCAACAUGCGUAUUAAAUGGAAACAACUAGGGAAUAAUUUAUCUCUUGGAACA